AUGGGGGAGAAGACGAAAACCCAACGCCCUAGGAAACGGAAGGUAGGGGCCCCUGGCGAGGGGCCCCCUUUGAGGACGCGGCGUAAAGCAGGGGGGCCCCCUGUGAACGAAGCAGAUAAUAAUGUUUCUGCUGAUAAUGCAGAAGAUGUGGAAGGUGCGAAUAGAGAAGAAUUGGCUGCCCUCGAGACCCUCCUCUUCGGGGCCCCCACAAUGACGAAAGCUGAAACUGAAGCGGAGGAGGGGGGCCCCCCAGGGGCCCCUACAGAUGCUGAAGCUGCUGAAGGCAGAAAGAAGAGGAAAAGAAAGGUAGAUAACAAGAACAGCAGCAGCAGCGGUGGAGAAGGCCCCGUAGCAGCAGCAGCAAAGGACGCAGCAGACCCAGCAGAAGCAGCAACAGCAGCAACAGCAGCAACAGAAGCAGCAAGCUCGGGGGCUGCAUGGGUAGACCCAGAUGACGCGAGGCUGCGUGUAGACAUUGAAACAAACCCCAAGUUAAGGAAGCUGAAGAUUAAGAAAGAGGAGAAAUAUAUAUCAGGGGCCGAAUACGAGAAAAGAUUAAAAAAGCUGCACAGCAAAAUCACCGGCAAUGCAGAGAACCUCGAUUGGAUUGAAGAAGCAAGAAAAAGAAAAAAGGAGGCGGAGGCCGAACUAGAAGAACUUGGGGAGGGGCCCCCUGGCUUUGAAAGCAGCGCUGCGUUGGGGCCCCUUGUGAGCGCAGAGCCGAUAGUAGUCUCAGCUUCGUCUGCUGCAGUGAAGAAGGGGAGGGGCCCCCUUGCUCCCGGCAGAAUAUCGAUAAGGAGGUGUGCGGUAUCUUGUUUGGAGUUUCACCCGAAGUCUUCUGUUCUUCUGACAGGGGGUCGGGACAAAACUCUGCGUCUUUUUCUUGUGGACGGGGGCAAGAACUCGCGUUUGGAGUCUGUACACCUGAAGCAGUUCCCUAUAUCUGCUGCACAAUUUACUCCUUAUAACGGGGCUCAGAGCGUUCUUAUGGUUUCGUCUGCUACUAGAUCUCUAGCAGAAUACGACAUGCAACAAGGGAAGGUGUACCACAUCCCUGGAAUUGCUGGGCGCCGCGAGGAGAGAUCUUUUCAUUUGCUGUCGAUGUCUCCUGGGAUCGUCUCCGCUCCCUCCUCCCCCGUUGUGAAGACCUUUGCGGUAGCCUCAACAAGCUCCCAUGGGCGGCGAGCUUCGCUGCAGCACCUGCAACAGCAGCAGCAGCAGCAGCUGCUGCUUCUAUCUAUGACGUCCUUCUCGCUUCCUAGUCUUACGUAUACCGUCCUUGUCUGCGACUCCAACUCAAAGCGCCUCCUCAGCGUUCUGCAAAUGAAUGCCCCAGUUGUUGUAAGCAGCAGCAGCAGCAACAGCAGCAGCAGCACCAGCAACAGCAGCAGCAGCACCACCAGCAGCAGCAGCAGCAACAACUCGACUUAG